UCACCUGGCCGGAAGUGGCCGCGCGCUGUCAGGAAUACUGAGGGAACCGCUAGUUGUUCCGCGAUUAUGACACAGUGACGGGGGAGGGCAGUUAGUCAGGUUACCAAGCGUUGUAUUCCGUCGUUCGCUCGGUAUUUUCGACACAGCUUUGUAGGUGUUAUGAGACGUUUGGUUUCCCAGUUCAUUGGCUCGAAGAAGCGGGCAGUUCCGAGCCGGGACGCGCCUCAUGCUCCUCAGGCUCCUCCACUCUCAGUCUCAGUGACACUGUGACGGACGCGACCGCAGGACCGCAGUGCGACUGCGGCUCUUUCUCUCUUCGCAGGGACCAAGGGCUCCAUCAUCAUCAUGCCCUCGUCUGCAGCAAUUACCAGCGGAGUGCAGAGACUCGUGCUGUACGAAACCCGAGCUAGGUAUUUUCUUGUCGGGAGUAAUGAGGCACAGACCAAACACCGGGUUUUGAAAAUUGAUCGCACAGAACCUAAAGACUUGGUGAUUAUUGAUGAUAAGCAUGUUUACAGUCAGCAGGAGCUGCGCGACUUGCUGGAUCGCCUUGAUCUGGGGAAUCGCACCAAAAUGGGCCAGAAGGGGUCCUCGGGUUUCAACAGAGCCGUUUCUGCCUUUGGCAUUGUGGGCUUUGUCCGCUUUCUGGAGGGCUACUACAUCAUCCUGAUCACUAAACGGAGGAAGACAGCGGACAUUGGGGGCCACUCCAUUUACAAGAUCGAAGACACAAACAUGAUCUACAUUCCUAACGACUCUGUGCGGGUUGCCCACCCGGACGAGGCCAGAUAUGUAAGAAUUUUCCAGAACGUGGAUUUGUCCAGCAACUUUUAUUUCAGCUAUAACUACGACCUGAGUCACUCCCUGCAGUUCAACUUAACUCUCUUGAGGAACACGUGUGACCUGGGCAAGACGGAGGACGUCCUUCCUCAGAGCCGCCAGGAUAGCUUUGACAUCUUUGAGGAUGAGGGCCUGCCCACGCAGGUUGUUCUCGGGGUCAGGAGUGAGCCUUACGCCAAGUAUGUGUGGAACAGCAAGCUGCUGGAGAAGGUCCAGGACACUCUCCACCCUGACUGGCUGAUGUACAUCAUCCACGGCUUCUGCGGACAAUCCAAGCUGCUCAUCUACGGGAGGCCUGUCUACGUCACUUUGAUCGCCAGGAGGUCCUGCCGCUUUGCCGGGACGCGCUUCCUGAAGAGGGGUGCCAACUGCGAGGGGGAUGUGGCCAACGAGGUGGAGACGGAACAGAUCGUCCACGACGCCUCGGUGAUGACCUUCUCGGCGGGGAGCUAUUCCUCAUACGUCCAGGUCCGAGGCUCUGUCCCCCUCUACUGGUCCCAGGACAUCUCCACCAUGAUGCCCAAGCCUCCCAUUCGCUUGGACCAAGCGGAUCCCUAUGCGACCGUGGCAGCACAGCACUUUGACCAAAUGCUGAAGAGGUUCGGCUCACCCAUCAUCAUCCUCAACCUGGUAAAGAAACGGGAGAAGCGAAAACAUGAAAAAAUCCUAAGCGAGGAGCUCUUCCCUGCUGUGACCAACCUGAACCAGUUCCUGCCUCCAGACCAUUGCAUCGAAUACAUCGCCUGGGACAUGGCACGGUACACCAAGAGCAAACUGUGCAACGUACUGGACCGCCUGGGCCUGAUAGCAGAGAGCGUAGUCAGGAGAACUGGGUUCUUCAUGAACCGCCCAGACCUCCACUGCCACACCCUGCGGCCCGAUGAGAGGUGGGGUGAUCUCGGAGGACACGUCACCGCCUAUGGGCGCAUGCAGACGGGUGUUCUGCGCACCAACUGCGUGGACUGCCUGGACCGCACCAACACAGCCCAGUUCAUGGUGGGGAAAUGUGCACUGGCCUACCAGCUAUAUGCCCUGGGCAUGGUGGACAAGCCGAGGCUGCAGUUUGACACCGACUGUGUCAGGCUCUUUGAAGAGCUCUAUGAGGACCACGGGGACACACUCUCCUUGCAGUAUGGCGGCUCCCAGCUCGUCCACCGGGUCAAGACGUAUCGCAAGAUUGCCCCCUGGACCCAACACUCCAAGGACAUCAUGCAGACCCUUUCCCGUUACUACAGUAACGCCUUUUCCGAUGCGGAUCGGCAGGAUGCCAUCAAUUUGUUCCUACAGGUGUUCCAGCCCUCCGAGUCCAAGCCUCACCUGUGGGAGCUGCCCACGGAUUUCUACCUGCACCAGAAGAACACGAUGGUGCUGCCACAGGACCGCAGGAGUUACACGUUUUGGUGGUCAGAUGGAAUACUCUCUUACCUGCCUCUACCCUAUGAUGAAGUUCUGUGCGAGGAGAACAUGAAGCAUGUGAGCCUAAAGAGGCUGGACCGUUACAAUGAGAGCAUCGACAUCUACACAGAGUUCUUCAAGCCCUUCGAGUUGACCUGCUUUGAUGACACAUACUGCGUCACCAUGACUAACUCUGCGAGGGACUUCAUGCCGAAGACCGUGGGAGUCGACCCAAGUCCAUUCACUGUCCGUAAGCCAGAAGAGACCGGCAAGUCUGUGCUGGGUAGUAAGAGCAGCCGAGAUGAGGCGGUACUCCAGCGUAAGACGGCGGCCAGCGCCCCUCCGCCCCACAGCGAGGAGGCCGUGUCCAGCAGCUCCGAGGACGACUCCGAAGACGAACGGGAAGAUGACGGAUCUGUGUCCCAGCGCUCCACCCCCAUCAAGUUGGCCGAACCAGGCGAUGGUGGACGUACCCAGGAGGACUAUCCACGGCAGCCAGCCAGGGAGACCUAUGGACUGAGCCUUUCUGAUUUCCCCGCAGAGGAAGACGUCAUGAUCUAUCAUAGGUUUGCCCAUUUGGGUCAGAAUCAGCACAAAGUGGAGCGGACGAGCCAACUGGCUGGCCCUAAACAGCUGGAGAGUAUCAUCAACCUGUGCCCGGUCUCCUAUUUCUCCCAGGACAGCAUCUAUGAGGUUCAGCCUCCUCGGGUGGACAGGGCAAGUCAGGAAGUGUUUGAGUGCCACAUCCAGACAGGCCUUGGCCUGGGGAGGGCGCUGCACCGGGAGGACCUGCUCACGUACCGCGAGUACAUUAAGAACCGUUACAUGUAGAAGUCAAGAGCUCGCUCAUGGAACGGACUUUGGAGAGGAAGCAGGGCUUGAACAAAGUG